UACUAUGUUUGACUUUUCUGAGUAAACUUGCAUCUGUUUGUGGCUCUGGUGUCGGAAGCACAUGUAACACUUGACAGUUGAUACAGUUAUGCCAUGUUAUUCUGUGUGCAUCACUUGAUUGUGGUGGCAUACCCAUGUUCCAAAUCCUCCAACCAAAUGCAAACCUCUGUUUCAACCUCUGCAUCUCUUUCACUCCCUCUUCAUCCUCACUCCUUCCCUCCAAUUCCAAACACUUUCCCCCUCCCCAACUUCAAACCUCUCUCCCUAUCAUCUCAACAACAACAAAAACCAAUUCCCUCACCCUCAUCACCACCCCCACACCCCAUUCACAAGCACCCCAGUGGCCCAUCUUCCCUCAUCCAUUACCAUUUCAAGCGCGGAAAUAUUGACCUCGCGCGCCAAGUGUUCGAGGAAAGUCCCCGCAAAAGCAUUGGUGCAUGAAUGCCAUGAUCUCCAGUUUCGCUCAUAAUAGCAUGCUGAGGGAAGCGUUGGAGUAUGUGAGGCUAACGUUAGAGAAUGGAAAAAGGCCAAACUGGAUUACCAUGACUGUAAUUCUUCCCAUUUGUGCCAAGUUGAGGCCACUGAAACAAGGGAAGGAGGUCCAUGCUUAUGCUUUGAAACGUAGGUUCCUGCCUCACGUGACGAUGGUUUCUUCGUUGAUGGUGAUGUACUCUAAGUGCGGUGUGAUUGGGUAUUCCAUUUGGCUGUUUGAUGGAAUGGAGAAAAAGAAUGUGAUUUUGUGGACGGCCAUGAUUGAUUCGUGCGUGGAAAAUGGGUUUUUGAAUGAAGCUCUUGCUGUCAUGAGGUCAAUGCAAUUGACGCAGCAGAGGCCUAGUGAAAUCGCAAUGAUAAGUAUUGUUCAUGUCCUUGCAGAACUUGCUGAUCAGAAAUUGGGGAAAGCCAUGCAUGGUUAUGUAAUGAGGAGUAGAAACUGUGGGAAAUCAGGGGUUCCUCUGAGUACUGCUCUGAUAGAUAUGUAUGUUAAAUGUAAAGAUUUAGCUUAUGCAAGAAGGUUUUUUAAUGGUUUGUCUGGGGCUAGUAUCGUUUCAUGGACGGCUAUGAUUGCAAGCUACAUUCAUUCCAAUAAUUUGAAUGAAGGUGUUAGACUUUUUGUCAAAAUGCUUGAGGAGGGUGUGUUGCCAAAUGAGAUUGCAAUCUUUAGUUUGGUCAAAGAAUGUAGCAAAGUAGGAGCUCUAGAACUGGGUAAGUGGUUGCAUGCUUUCACUCUAAGAAAUGGGAUUACCAUUUCUGUAGUUCUGGCCACUGCUUUUAUUGAUAUGUAUGGUAAAUGCAGUGAUGUUAGAAGUGCAAGAUCUGUUUUUGAUAGCAUUGAGAACAAAGAUUUAAUGAUUUGCAGUGCCAUGAUUUUAGCUUAUGCACAAACCAAUUGUAUAGAUGAGGCGUUUGAUAUCUACGUCCAGAUGACUGAUUGUGGAAUAAGGCCAAAUGAGAUAACCAUGGUUAGUCUCCUUGUGUUAUGUGCAAAAUCUGGAUCCCUUGAAAUGGGUAAGUGGAUCCAUUCUUACAUAGACAAGCAAGGAAUUAAAAGAGAUACGAAACUUAAAACGUCCUUGGUUGACAUGUAUGCAAAGUGUGGAGACAUAGACACAACCUAUAGACUUUUUGCUGCAGCAGCUGACCCAGACGUUUCCAUGCGGAAUGCCAUGAUUUCGGGUUACGCAAUGCAUGGCGAUGGAGAUUCAGCACUGGAACUUUUUGUAGAAAUGGAAGCACAAGGGGUUAUCCCUAAUGACAUCACAUUUAUUGGAGCUCUUAAAGCUUGUAGUCAUUCUGGAUUGUUGCAAGAAGGGAAGAGGCUGUUUCAUAAGAUGGUUCAUAACUUUGGGUUAGUCCCAAAAGUUGAGCACUAUGGGUGCAUGGUGGAUCUUCUCGGCCGAGCUGGAUUGCUUGAUGAAGCUCAGAAACUAAUCAAUGACAUGCCCAUGAGGCCCAACACGGCGGUAUUGGGAUCUUUCCUUGCUGCAUGUAAGCUUCACAAAAAUGUGAAACUUGGGGAAUGGGCAGCAAAACAAUUUCCCUCAUUGGAACCCCACAAAUGUGGAUAUAAUGUUCUGAUGUCAAACAUAUAUGCAGCAGAAAAUAGAUGGGGUGAUGUAGCUGAUAUAAGAAGAGUUAUGACGGAUGCAGGCAUUAGUAAAGAACCAGGUUUCAGCUCCAUUGAAGUGAAUGGAUCAGUUCAUGAAUUCAUAAUGGGAGAUAGGAAGUACCUAGAAACUAAAAAAUUUUAUGAAAUGAUCGCUGAGAUGAGAGAAAAACUAGAAGAUUCUGGAUACACCCCGGAUAUAUCUUCGGUUCUUAUGAACAUAGAUAGGGAGGAGAAAGAAACUGCACUUAAUUAUCACAGUGAAAAACUGGCUAUGGCAUAUGGUCUGAUUAGCACAGCUCCUUGUGCUCCAAUUCGAAUUGUAAAGAAUCUUAGAGUUUGUGAUGAUUGUCACAAUGCAACCAAGUUACUGUCCAAGAUUUAUGGGAGGGAGAUAAUAGUGAGGGACCGGAAUCGUUUUCACCACUUCAAGGAAGGAUCUUGUUCUUGUCAUGAUUAUUCGUAA